GAAGUACUUGGGUAUUUUAACCUGGCUUUCUUCUUUUUUUCUUCAAUUUUCUGUUGCAGUUUGACAGCCUUGCUUGACCUGGUGGUUGCCAUCUCCGUCACGACUCCCCAUUUCGACUCCACAUCCGACCAAAAGUCAUCCCCUGUGAAUAACUACAACACAACCUAUUUUAUUCCCUGAUUCGCUCCUCGGAAGCCGAAAGAAGUCAUCCUCUGACGACGGCGCCGUGGAGGAAAACAGGCUUACAGGGCUUCUUACGGAUACUUAUCCAAAAUCAGGCACGUCAACCACAAUCAUGGCUCAUCCCUCGGAAGCAGCCCCACUGCUCGGCAACCGCGCCGCCAACGGUCGUCAUCACCACCCCCGGCACGGAGCCGAGCCGCCCGUCGAACGGCCCCCACUCAGUUCACCACUGCUCCGGCCAGAUGCCCUGAGACGGCCCUCGCAGAGGCAUCUCUCUCACCAACACGACCCUCAUCACCAUGAGGAGGAGCACAGCAGCAAUGGCGACAUGAUCCGCGAUAUCACAAUCGGCUUCGCAGACGGCCUCACCGUGCCCUUUGCCCUGACCGCCGGCCUCUCCUCCCUGGGGAGCACCAAGCUCGUCGUCAUCGGCGGCCUGGCCGAGCUCUUCUCGGGCAUGAUCAGCAUGGGCCUGGGCGCCUACCUCGCCGCCGCCACCGAGCGCCAGCACUGGGAGGCCGAGUAUGAGCGCGAGCGCUGGGAGGUCGACCACUGCCCGGACCGCGAGCGGGAGGAGAUCUACGAGGUCUUUGACAAGUACGGCAUCUCGCGCGACGCCGCCCGCGCCGUCGUCGACGAGCUGUGCGUCACCGGCGACCCCAAGCGAGAGGAGCGCUGGCUCAGGUUCAUGAUGGACUUUGAGCUGCAGCUGCCCGAGCCAGACACCAGCGCCGCCUGGGUUUCCGCCGUCACCAUGGGCCUCAGCUACUUUGUCGGCGGCCUGAUCCCCAUGAUCCCCUACUUCAUCAUGGACUCGGCCCGCGUGGCCCUGUUGAUCAGCAUCGCCAUCACAGUCGUCAUCCUGCUGGUCUUUGGCUACGUCAAGACCUGGGUCACCAUCCACAACAAGAGGGCCGGUAUCUGGGGUGCCCUGCACACGCUGCUGAUAGGUGCCCUGGCUGCAGGCACCAGUUAUGUCAUAGUAAGGCUACUUGAUUCCGGGGAUGGUUCCCCUUGAGAGGCAUCGGCCUGGGCGUGUUUUAGGCUAUGUGAUUUUGUGGUGUUUUGGACGGGAAAAAACGUGGCAUUUGGCGGUGGCGUGGAACCUGACGGCUUUAGGAGUUGGGAUUUAACGCCUCUCACGAUCAACAAUGGAAGACUUAAAAGGGAAACUUAGUGCACAGCCUGCGCUGUUUAUCCCCGGGUAAAUGUACUCUUCGCUGGGACAAACUGUGCUGAGGAUGGAGUUUAAGGCACAAUACAUAUUUGAUGCUUAAGA